AUGAACAUCGCUUGUCACAGCUCCUUCGACACCAACCUGCGGGUCCGCGUUGCAACAGCAACUGGCCAGAAGGAUUUACAAACCAAGUCCCCGACGAGAAAGUCAGAUCCUCUCCCGCAAGUCGCCCCAGUUGCCUGUGUUCCAACCCUCUUCGAUGGUGGUGUCGCAUCCGCCCUCACAGCCUAUAAACCUUCCAACACCACCGUUGAUACCAAAGCCUGGGGCCUGCAGAACUAUCCUUCUGCUCCUUCAUGUAACCGCCAGGGGACAGACUUCGACUCGGGCCUGCUUUCCGAGCCGUGGAGCUUCGGCAUCCCCCCUCCCGCUAGCCCGAGUUUUCACGUCGCCUCCUACGCCCAAACAGGAUUUCCGGCAGCCGAGUCCUCAAUAUACUCGCCUUUAUACUUGGACCCGUCGGCUAUGGGAAUACCAUACUUCCAACCUUCCAGCCCCAGCUUCGGCUCCCACUCGGAGGCUUCAUCAUUCGUGGAUGCUCAGAGUCAGGCAGGGCUGAGGGGGGAUGCGUGGUUUCAAUACACCGCAGCAAACCACCCGAGGGAACUUGGGAGUCAUCGUUUACCAGUUACCGAGCGCGGCGGCAACCCUGAGAAGAUUAGGGAGAGCCAGCGCAAGCGCCAUGCCCCCGUAGAGGUCGUCGACGAGGUUAUCGCCAUGUGGGAGGAUCACCGCAGGACUGCCUACGACGCAACCCAGUGCAACGGCAGAAUCAACGGAGUCCAGAAGCAGAUUGGCCCCAAGAAAAAAGGCAUGCGCCUCUCGAACCGCCCCCCCGAUCUCGAGAAGGAGAAGAAGGAGCUCCUUGCCUCGGCUGCUGAGAAGGAGAAACUCCUGAGGAUCAAGGUCAAGACAAUCGGUAACCUUGUUCACGACUCUGUUCCGGUCUCGAAGACCGAGAAUUGGGCUGACGAGGGGCUAGAUCACGAGGUUCUCGACAAGUUGGACGGCUACGACCCCGAGAGAGGCGUCAAGGUUGUCGGCCAUCGCGGGACUUUCAGGGCUAUCAUCAACUAUGGUCUGGAGUUUUUGCACGACAGGGAAUACGUUCCCCUGCAAACCCCCCAACUCAUGCUCCGGGAUCAGAUGGCGAAGACCGCCCAACUGUCGCAGUUUGACGAGGAACUCUACAAAGUUACUGGCGACCAAGCCGACAAGUACCUCAUUGCUACUUCAGAACAACCCAUCUCUGCCUACCACAGCGACGAGUGGCUGCAGCCCAAGGAACUACCCCUGAAAUAUGCGGGCUACUCGACCUGCUUCCGCAAAGAGGCCGGUGCUCACGGGAAAGAUGUCUGGGGAAUCUUCCGUGUCCACGAGUUUACCAAGGUCGAGCAAUUCUGCAUCACCGACCCUGAGAAGUCCUGGGAGAUGUUUGAGAACAUGAUCUCGACGUCAGAAGACUUUUACAAGUCCCUUGGAAUCCCCCACCACUUGCCAGACAAUGCCGCUGCCAAGAAGCUUGAUCUUGAAGCCUGGUUUCCCCACCAAGGCGAGUUCAAGGAGCUCGUUAGCUGCUCGAACUGCACUGACUACCAGAGCCGUGAUCUCGAAAUCCGCUUUGGUAUCAAGAAGCAAACCGAUGCCAAGAAGAUCUAUGUGCACUGCCUCAACUCGACUCUCACUGCGACAACAAGGACAAUCUGCGCGAUUCUGGAGAACUUCCAGACUGAAGAUGGUGUCAACAUCCCCGAGCCGCUCCGGAAGUACCUGCCUGGAGCUCCCGCAUUCAUCCCAUUUGCGAAGCAGGCGGCUGAAAAGAAGGAAGGCGAUAAGAAGGAGGGUCAGAAGAAAGAAAUCCCGGUUCGGUAA